GUUUUUAGUUAUUUAAUUGAUGAAUUUAGCUAUAGUUUUUUUAAACCGAAUUUGGCUCUAUAAUAUGCUAGAUUUAGCUCAAGCGUAUUUUGUUAUCCUAUUCAAUUCUACUAAAGCAAUAUGCAGGGUUCCAAAGUUCAGCAACUAAACUUUCUACUUGCUCAAGAUCCUCAGGCAUUUUAAUAAUUCUUUUAUUUGAACUGUUAUAAAGAAAAAACCUGUUAUAAAAUACAGAUAUCUAAUCUUAAGAAAUGUUAAAGGCUGCUUGAUGUGAGAGCUUUUACGAUGUCCGGAUGGGCUCAAAGAAUGCACCGCGGAGCUGCUACUUUGAGCAACGUUGUGACCUCGUGUGGUCAUACAACUGUUCCUUAUCCUACUCGAAUGGAAAAAGUAAAGUUUGGUGUUCUUUUUGACCAAGUUUGUAAACAUGAUAUACCUGGACCAUUACUGAUAUUAAUUCUUAAACUCAAUAAAGAAGGGCCCUAUAAGAAAGAUGUAUUUCGAGCACCUGGCCACCAGGGUAACAUGAAAAAGCUGAUCCAUUUUCUACAGCAUGGUCGUCUAGUCAAUAUAGAAAAUUUCAGUGUGUAUACAAUAGCAUCUGUUUUAAAAAAAUUCUUAAGAAAACUUCCUGGAGGUAUUUUUGGCCCUGAAAAUGAAGAAGCCUUAUUCGAUAUAAUUAAUAUUGAUAAUUUAGAAGAAAAAAGAGAUAGAAUUCACAGGCUGAUUACCUCUCUUCCUGUUGUUGCUCAACAUUUGUUAGUGCUACUGUUUGGCACUUUUAGAGCUAUAUCUAACUGUGCUCAGAAAGCACAAACUGGCAUGACAUCUGAAGCACUUGGAGUUAGUGUAGCCCCAAGCUUCUUCCAAUCUUGUGUCAGUGAUGGCAAAAUGGCUAGAAUGGAAGAUGUCGUGAGAUUUAAAGUUGCAACUAGGAUUAUGAAGUUCCUCAUUGAUAAUUUUGGGGUAACUAAUCUCUUUGGCAAAGGAAACUAUGAAUACUAUGCUCGCAUGACUGGCAGAAUCUUCAAAGUGGAGGAAAAUUGGAUAUUCGCUUUUCGAUACCCUCCAGAAUCAUUAGUUUCACGUAAUUAUGACUGCAAAGCCUCUCUGGAGACUGAAAAAAACUGGCUCCAGCAGGAGGCUGAGCGCUGGGGAUUUAAAUUUAACCUGGAAGCUAUAUCCUCUCAAGAAGAAUGUCGAAGCACGCCAGCUUUAAUUCAUGCUAGUGAGUCUAUGGUUCAAAAUGAUGGUCCCCAUAUGAGUGGUAGCUUGACUAAUCUUGCUGAUACUUAUACAAGACUGAGUGUAUCACUUGAAGAAAAUGGACUUUAUAAGGCAGCAUCUCCUAUGUCUUUUUUGGCAUUGGAUCCAGAGGAGCUGAAGGCUGUCAAUCGUUAUGCAGAAAGCACCAAAUCUCUGACAUUUCUUCCUCAAGUCCAUGAAAGGCAAACGGCCAGAAUGCGCACCAGGUCUGAAUGGUUUCUUAAUCCAUCUCCUUGUCCUUCUCCUAUUCCUAUAUGUGUACCUCCUGAAAUAGAUGAAAAUGAAGAAGUAGCUGCCAAGAUGAUGAGAACUGCUGACUCUAAGAGAGGUUCCAAUGCCUCAUCUGUGUCAUCAAAUUCCUUGCUUAAUUCAGUCACUGGAGGAAGUGACAAACAGCUUGUUCGGAAGUCUUCAGGUAAAGAAAAACGCUUAGUUCGGCGGUCCUCGAGCAAAAGCAAACGUGACAAAGAAAAUGGUGCUGGUGCAUCAUGUGUAACUACGACCGCCUCUUCCAGCAAAGGGAAAAGAGACUCUUCGGGGAGCAAGGUAGUGUCAUUGGGGACAUCCAUGUCCUCCGAACCAUUGCCAGUUUCCGGUUCCAGCCCUGCUCGUGUCAAGGUUAUGAACAGGCUAUCUAAUCCAGUUGGAAUAACUGAACAGGAUUGUACAGAACUUGAUGUUCAGUCCUUCCAUGUUACGCUCACUUACAAGCCAAGGAUAUGACCCUGUGUUGUUUGUUUUUUUAUGUUUUCAUUUGUAAAUAUAUCUGUGUUAUAUUGUUGAGAGAUACUUGCCAAAUACCAUUUCAAAUUAUAUUGAAUUUCAUCCCCCAGAAUGCUUGUUAAGGAAGUUUAAAAAAAAAUUAAUUCAUAAUGAAAGCUCAUAAAAAUUUCUUAAAAUUGCAUAACAAGUUUAGGAUUGACCUGUUAUUACUUUGGCUGCUUGUGUAGCAUAAAAUAUAUUUACGUAUUCUCAUCCCUUUAAUCAUCCAUAUUGUUGAUUGUGUGUUAUGUUUUCCUUGUUGGUAUUCUCUGUUUAUUUAAGUAAGUAUUGUAUAUUGAUUGUUAACCUCAAAUAAAGCUGUAAACUAUUAGUUUAACUUAAUAAUAUUUUCUCAUGACAAAACGCUUUGCUAUUUUACACGUUUUGUGUGUUCCUAUCAACCUUUUAUUCAUUUAAUUUUUUUUUAAAUAAAAAUUUCAGUAUUCGCCCAUUUUUUUUGUGUUUAAUUAUCCUUGUAAUUAUUUUGAAAGCAAGAUAUAUUAAAUUUGUUAUUUAGCCUUCCAGAAUUUCAUUUAAUUAAUUUGAUUUUUUAAUGUUCCUGCUUUGUAGUUGAAGAACUUUGGCAGAUAUAUUUUGUUUUGUUUUCAGAAGAAUUGUCUUAUUACCUACGUAUUAUAGUCUUGUCAGACCAUUACAAGCAUUUAUGAGCUUUUGAGCAUCGUAAAAACUCUCAAUUUAAAUGAGUAAAAAUGAGCUUUACAAAAGCAUGUGAUAUUAAGAAAUUUAGAAUGAUUCCUUUAAUUAUUAAAUUGUGCUUUUUUUUUCUUUCAUUUCAAAACUUUUAUGAGCUUUCAAAUGGCCAAAAAUUUGGUUGGUUUACUAUUUGAUAUCAUUUGCAGGUCAAUCAACUUAAAUAUAUAAUGGGAUCACACUGCAGUAAAUGUAUUUUGAAAUAAAAUUCGAAUUUUUUUUUAAAGAUAAAAUUUAGAUGUUUGGCUUACCAAUUUAAUUGAAAAUCAAUUUAUAUAUUCUUACGUACAUACAUAAUUUUUCGAUUUAUUUCAUGAUGCAGCCUUUACUCAGUAAAAUGCUUUUUUUUGUGCAUAUUAAUAUUAAAAAAUUUUAUUAGCUUUUUAUCAUCAUCUAAAGUCUCUUAAUUGUAUUGAUUAAAAGUUUAGAUGGUUCUACCAAAACUCUUACAUAACAUUUUUACUUUGUUACUGUAAAUUAAUAAAAUUUUAAUAGCUAUCAGGAUUGUGACAAGUAUAUUUAGCUCAAAGCUGCUCUAAACAUUUUAUCACACUGCCACAAUGCUAACAUUUUUCGUUUCCAAUACAUUGACUGUAAUGUGUCCUUUUUUAAAAAUUCUAUUUAGUAAACAGCAUUGUUGAGAGUAAAAUGCAAACUAGUUGUCAUCAUGUUACUAUUUAUAACAUAUCAAAAAUUUUAAUAACUCAUGAUCCGAUCUCUGUUUGAUUGUUUGCAUGAAUGAUCCUUACCCAUUGUUGAAAAAUAUAAAUCUCAUUAUUUAUCCAAGAGGCAGCUUACAAAAUGUUGGUUACUUUCUGCAAUAUUAUAAUACUUUGUUUUAUUAGUCUGCAGGCUCUAAUUAAACUGUGCUGUUAGUCUCUGACCCAGGUGUUAAGCAAAGCUUUAGGUUAAAGUGACCCACCCCUAAAUUCGUAACCGAGAACUGCCAAAGACUUGCCACAAUUUACAACUUAUUGUCUUUAUGCUGAAAAGGCUUCUGUCCCUGGCUAAUGACAUAUUCUUUAAAUUACCAAACCUAGACUAAAUUUUUGCAUUGAGAUUAUCAACACACCAUUUCACCCAAAUGUGUUUAUCAUUACAGUGCGAAAAUUUUAGUUAUUUUAACGUGUGACAGAUCAAAUGAAAAAAAUAAACGAUAAUUUAAUUUAGUAAUCCAAUUUAAUGAUGUCUAAAUCUGUCCCUAUUUUAAACUGAUUAAUUUGUCUUUUUUUUUUAUAUAACUCUCUGUAACAAAAUGAAUUCUGAGCCAAAUGUUCCUUGCUCAAUUGAAGCUACAGCCCAACUUUUAACUUCGGCAACAGGCCACUUUUUUUUAGUCAAUCGAUAAUUUGGUUUGACAAACUUAUGACAGUGCAUUCUGAGUCUACUCCCAUUUUAUAAGUCACUAAAACUUUCUUACUUUUUUUUUUAUCCAAUAAGAAAAUUCUAAACUCAUUGUUCUUACUAAACUUCAGCUACUAACUAUUUUCCAAUUUUUGUAAAAUUUAUCAAGAAAAAGGGCUUUAUUUACAGCUAGUCAUAGCUGGUAGAUUAGUUUGACAAACCUAUGACAGUGUAUUCUAAGUCUACUCCCCUUUUAUAAAUCACUAAAACUGUUUUAUUUAUUUUUUCAUAAAAAAUGAAUAAAUAAAUAAAUAAAAAUUCUGAAGUAAUUGCUUUACUCAACUUCAGCUACAAACUAUUUUUCAAUUUUUGUUAAAUUUAUCAAGAAAAUGGGUUUUAUUUACAGCUAGUCUGGCGUUAAAAUGGCUAAAAACUGUUUGAAUUUUAGUGCUUGGUAAUUUGUGUCUAGACCAGCAGAUUAACAGCAAUAAUUUAGUUUGAGCCUAUAGAGUAUAUGUUGAACUUGUGACAAUGUAAUGACAAGUCAUAUUUUCACUUUGUUCAGAGUGCAAAACACAAUUCAGUGCAGUUUGCCGCCAUCUAGUGAAAUCCUGAAAAUGUGUUCAGUACCUAUCUGGAAACAUUUCUAAUGAACAGUUGGUCAGUGCUACUUAUCGUUAUAUUGUCACUAAGCGUUUCAUACUUACUAAUUAUAAAAAAUAGUAAAGUGAGCAACUGUUUUGCGAUUCUGCUUCUUGUACUAAAUGUCACAAACAAACAGUGUAUCUUUCUUUGGUGCUAAUAAUACCAAAGUAUUUUCUCCCCUUCAAUGUCAACAUGUGGAUGUUUUUCAUUUCGAAAACCUUUUCCAACUAUUUAUGCGAUGUAACGCUGCGAAUGGAACAAUUUCCAACAUUUACUUUUUACUCUUUUAUAUAAUUUAUUUUCUUUGUAUUACUCGGUCAUAUUAAUUUGUUUUUUUUUUUAUUAUAAAGUUUUGAUAUAAAAAUAUGAAAUUUUAUGGCAAGAAUUUUGUUAUGUGGUAUGAAAAUCUGCAAAGAUAAUUUAAGUGUGCUUUUAUAAAGUAAACUUCUUGCCCUAACAUAAGUGUAAAAGUGUUUGUUAAAAAUCAUUUUUUUUUAAAGAAAGAAGUCACUUUGACUAAGUCACUCAUAAUUCUCAAAUUGUUUCUUCCUUAUUAUAUUGUACCGUUUUAUGAUGUGCACAUUCCACACAUUAGCUUCAGCACAUUUUUAUAUUGAUAGUGGGAUAAUCAGACUUUUUAAUGGACGCAAUUCUUAUGAUGGAUUGUUUUUUUAACUUGUAAAAGUUUUAAUAUUAUUUAGGCAUAUAUGUAUAUAAUAGGAAAUUUCAUAAUUAAAUCUUAUGAGGUAAAUUAAGACUGUUAACUGAUACUUUUCAUAUUAAUUUUAUUCACUACUGUUUCUUAUAUGUCUUGAAAAAUUUCUCAGUUUUUGUUCCAGCACUAACCCUUUCAGUAUAUAAAUAUUAUUGUUCAUUUAAAUACACACGCAAAUAAAUAAAUGCAAUUUUUUUCUUAGUCUAAAUGGAUACCUAAUGGAUAAAAAAAAAUUUUUUUAAUGUAAAUUUUGAUUUUCAACCAAUAAUAGAUUAUUUUUAACUACUUGUUAACUGGAUUACAUACAGAAUUUAUUUAUUCGACUCUUUUCAUUUGGUUUGAUCCUCUUUUCAUUUCUUUUUAAAACAAAUGAAGUAUUAUUUACAAACAAGAAAUUAAUUUAAAAGUUUCAUUUGUAUUGUUUAAAAAAUAAUUUUUAUACUUUGAUUUUCUUUCUCAUAAUUAUUGUAAAGACAAUUUUUUUAACAUCUUGUAUUUUUUAAGUGUUAUUACUUAAUUCUUUUCCCCAAAACUUGAAAAGCCUAAACUAAAUUUUAAAAAAAUAUGCCGGUCAGAAAAUAGUUUGAUAAUACCCACUAUCAAGAAUUCAAUGUUCUUAUAGUACAAGUCUUUGUAGUAUCAAGGUUUUUUAAACUUUAUUUCAAAAGUACAUGUGCAGCUAAUCUGAAAAAUCAGUGCCAAACAACGUGCUUUUUGCUUUCCAUAACCCUUUUACAUUUAUAACUGUUUUGAAUAUGAUAUAAAGUGUUUGUCUAAGCUCUUUUUAU